CACGCCGGCCGCGCCUCCCCGGGCCGGCUCCCCAGCACCGCCGCGGCCCGGAGCGCGGGGCCAGGCUCCCAGGGCCUCGUGAUCUCCAGGGUGACGGUGACCUUGGGCAAGUGACGCCAGCUGGGCUUUAGUUUCUUCUCUGCACCGGGGGUUGGAGGGUCUUGCUAUGAUGAGCGCCUCUGGAGGAAAGAGACAGGAAGCUGCAGGGCCCAGGGGUAGACGGGCUUCCAGACCCAGCGAACAGAACCGAGAUGUGCAACUGUCCAAGGCUCUGUCCUACGUCCUGCGCCAUGGAGCCUUGAAGCUGGGGCUUCCCAUGGGGGCUGAUGGCUUUGUGCCCCUGGACCACCUCCUGCAGCUACCUCAGUUCCAUAGCUUCUCAGCUGAGGACAUAAAGCGUGUGGUGGAGACCAAUGGGAAGCAGCGAUUUGCCUUGCAGCAGGGAGAUCCCAGCCUUGGCCUCCUCAUCCGGGCCAAUCAGGGUCACUCUCUGCAGGUACCUGAGUUGGAGCUGAUGCCCCUGGAAACACCUCAGGCACUGCCCCUGAUGCUAGUCCAUGGUACAUUCUGGAAGCACUGGCCAUCUAUCUUGCUCAAGGGCUUGUCAUGUCAAGGAAGGACACACAUCCACUUGGCCUCAGGACUGCCUGGUGAUCCUGGUGUCAUCAGUGGCUUGCGCCCCAACUGUGAAGUGGCUGUGUUCAUCAAUGGACCUCUGGCCCUGGCAGAUGGAAUCCCCUUCUUCCGCUCUGCCAAUGGAGUGAUCCUGACCCCAGGGAAUGCUGAUGGCUUCCUGCUCCCCAAGUACUUCAAGGAGGCCCUGCAGCUGCGCCCCACCCGAAAGCGUCUCUCCUUGGUCAAUGAUAAGGAGACAGAAUACCAGAGUGGCCCUAGCACAGCCCCUGAGGAAGAAAGAUGAUCCAACAAUAAAAUAUUUAUUAUUAAAAAA